CGGCACCAGUGCUCUCUCUGCAGAAAGGAGCCAAGCAAGAACUAGAUGUCUGGGCCCUGGGACUGCCUGCUUGAGAGGGACACAAGGGGCCAUCCUCAAGGCCUCCAGGCACUCCUGAGCUUAAAGGUAUGCUGCUGGGUAUGACCAAGCGGUGCCCAGGAAGCCUACCCUGAGUCCUGAACAACAGGCACUGGUGUCCAGUGUUGCCUGCUUCUGGGAAAAGAUUUUGCCUCCCUUCUCAUACCAGCCUGAAGGGGAGGCAGGCCCGGCGCUCGGUCAGCCGCCUGGAGAGUCGCUGAGGGAUGAGGACGCCACAGCCCGGCGGAACGCUCUCCCUGCUCUCGUGGCCCGGAGCGCGCAGCGCCCAGGAGCCGGGCAGAGCCUGACGCCCUGUUGUUUCCCCUCGCGCACGGGGCUCUGCGAGUGACCCGACCGGCCAGCUCCCUGCUGCAUGGAACGGCUGCAGAAGCAACCACUGACCUCCCCUGGGAGCGUCAGCUCCUCCCGAGACUCCAGUGUUCCUGGCUCUCCCUCCAGCAUCGUGGCCAAGAUGGACAAUCAGGUGCUGGGCUACAAAGACUUGGCUGCCAUCCCCAAGGACAAGGCCAUCCUGGACAUCGAGCGGCCUGACCUCAUGAUCUAUGAGCCCCACUUUACCUAUUCUCUCCUGGAGCACGUGGAGCUGCCCAGAAGCCGGGAGCGCUCACUGUCACCCAAAUCCACAUCCCCCCCACCAUCCCCAGAGGUAUGGGCGGAGAGCCGGUCCCCUGGAACCAUCUCUCAGGCUUCAGCCCCAAGAACCACUGGGACCCCCCGGACUCCGCUACCCCAUUUCCACCAUCCGGAGACCACCCGCCCAGAUUCCAACAUCUACAAGAAGCCACCCAUCUACAAGCAGAGAGAGUCCACGGCAGGCAGCCCUCAGAGCAAGCACCUCAUUGAGGACCUCAUCAUCGAGUCCUCCAAGUUCCCUGCAGCCCAGCCGCCCGACCCCAACCAGCCGGCCAAGAUUGAAACCGACUAUUGGCCAUGCCCCCCGUCGCUGGCGGUCGUGGAGACAGAAUGGAGGAAGCGGAAGGCAUCUCGGAGGGGGGCAGAGGAAGAGGAAGAGGAGGAAGAUGAUGACUCCGGGGAGGAGAUGAAGGCUCUCAGGGAGCGUCAGCGAGAGGAACUCAGUAAGGUUACUUCCAACUUGGGAAAGAUGAUCUUGAAAGAAGAGAUGGAAAAGUCCUUGCCUAUCCGGAGGAAAACCCGCUCUCUGCCUGACAGGACACCCUUUCAUACCUCCUUGCACGCAGGAACAUCGAAGUCAUCUUCUCUCCCCGCCUAUGGCAGGACCACGCUGAGCCGGCUACAGUCCACAGACUUCAGCCCCUCUGGGAGUGAGACUGGAAGCCCAGGCCUGCAGAACGGAGAGGGCCAGAGGGGGAGGAUGGACCGGGGGAACUCCCUGCCCUGUGUGCUGGAGCAGAAGAUCUAUCCCUAUGAAAUGCUUGUGGUGACCAAUAAGGGGAGAACCAAGUUGCCUCCAGGUGUGGACCGGAUGAGGCUUGAGAGACAUCUGUCAGCCGAGGACUUCUCAAGGGUAUUCUCCAUGUCUCCUGAAGAGUUUAGCAAGCUGGCCCUGUGGAAGCGGAAUGAACUCAAGAAAAAGGCUUCUCUCUUUUGAUCACCCUUCCCACUCCGUGACUGAUGCUCUCCCCUGCUGCUUCGGGGCUCUGGAGCUGGGGCCGCUAGACCCCAAGGCAUCAUCUCUUACGGGAGCAGGUUGUGGGGGCGGGGGGG